AUGUUUUGCCAUAUCCUGCCCUACUUCUUGGCUGUUCGUGAGAUCAACCAGAGCCCAGUGCUCCUACCCAACAUCACCCUGGGCUACAACAUAUAUGAGAACUUCUUCAAUGAAAGAAUAACCUAUGAGGCCAUGAUGGACUUCCUGUCUACAGGGCAGGAGAAUGUCCCAAACUACAGAUGUGGAAGACAAAAGAACCUGCUGGCAGUUCUUGAAGAGGCAGAAUCUGAACUCUUCGAUCAUAUUUCAACGUUCUUGAGCAUCUACAAAAUUCCACAGUUUGUAAAGAAAGCAUUCCAGUGUUCCUUUCCAAGUCCGGUGUUAUCUAAGAAAGUUUGGGAAAAAUGCACAGAAAAAGAGAUCCAGGAGAACCUGCCCCAUGCCAUGGUUAAAAGAUACCUGUUGAAUGAUGGCUCUGGUAUUUCUGAUGUAAUCCAAGCUGUAGUCUGGAUCCUCAGUGCUGCUUCUUUCUCCCAACUUCACUGGUUCAUGAGAAUCUUCCAGCUUCAAAAUCUUUCCAGGGAUGGAGUUUAUUUGGAUGAAAAUGGGGUUCCCUUUGCUGACUUCAAUAUUAUGCACUGGAGAAUGUUUCCCAACAAGUCCUCUGCUGGGCUGAAAGUUGGAAGUGCAGAAAGAGAGGUCUUCUCCAAAGUCAAGAUCUCCAUCAAUCAAAGUACCAUUGAAUGGCCAAGAUCAUUUAACAAGAAAGUGCCUUCUUCUAGAUGUACAGAACGUUGUUCCCCAGGACAUGUCAAGCUGAUGAGAGAGGGAGCGCCUGUUUGCUGCUAUGACUGUUCUCUGUGUGGGGAAGGAACGUUCUCUAUGGAAGAAGAUGCAGCGCAUUGUAGCAGGUGUCCAGAUGACCAGUAUUCAAAUAAAAAGCGAGAUCAGUGUGUCCCAAAAAUUAUAAGUUUCUUGUCUUACAAAGAAAUGUUGGGACUCCUCCUGGCUUCCUUUGCUCUGGCUUUGUCCCUAACCACUGCCUUGGUUCUCGGAAUCUUCAUUAAAUACCAAGAAACUCCCAUAGUCAAAGCCAACAACCGGGACCUCACCUACAUUCUCCUGGUUUCCCUCCUCCUUUCCUUCUUGGCCUCCCUUCUAUUCAUUGGUCAGCCCAACAAAACGACCUGUUUUCUUCGACAAGCCACUUUCAGCAUUGUUUUUUCUGUUGCUGUGUCCUCCUUGCUGGCCAAGACUGUUAUGGUGGUGGUGGCUUUCCUUGCUAAAAAGCCAGGGAGCAGGAUGAGGAAGUGGCUCGGGAAGACUCUGGCCAACCUUAUGGUAUUUUCCUGCUCUGGUGUUCAGGUGGGCAUCUGCAUCAUGUGGCUUGGCAUCUCUCCCCCAUUCCCAGAUUCUGACCUGCAUUCCCAACCAGGACAGAUCCUUCUGCAAUGCAACGAAGGCUCAGUCACCAUGUUCUACAUCGCCCUUGGCUACAUGGGCUUUCUGGCUGCCAUUUGUUUCUUGGUGGCCUUCUUGGCCCGAAAGCUGCCAGGGACUUUCAAUGAAGCCAAGUGGAUCACCUUCAGCAUGUUGGUUUUCUGCAGUGUUUGGGUCUCCUUUGUCCCCACUUACCUGAGCACCAAAGGGAAAUACAUGGUAGCUGUGCAGGUUUUCUCCAUCCUGGCUUCCAGCUUGGGUUUGCUGGGCUGCAUUUUUAUCCCCAAAUGCUACAUUAUUAUGCUGAGACCUGAUCUGAACACAAAGGAGCAACUAAUGAUGAAAAUGAAGGAGGGCUCCUAGUUUUAUUCUCUAUUUUUGUAACUGGUUUCUUUUAAAUAUAAGGCAAGAUAGC